AGUAGCAAUCACUCGCACCAGUCUUCCUCCCGCUGUUGGAAUCUCAUGGAAAAGAACGGCCAGAAGAGCGGGAAAUGAAUUUAGCUCACAAUGAGGAAAUUAAACCUCGGAAAGCUACGUUGUUCCACACAGUCAGCCGCCAGUAGUCAGUCUCUAAGCGGUUCAUACGCAAGAAAUCAGUCACAGACGACUAUUUCCAGUUUUUUCAUCACUAAACCUUUGGUGAACAAUCCUUGCUCAAGUGAAACCGGCAGGAAAACAGCUGAUGGAAGUAAGCUCACAAAAAGUGCUAAGAGGUGUGCCAGUGAUGUAACUCACAGUGAAGACAAGGACAGUUCAAGCACACAACAUUCAAAAAGGCAAAGAAUCAAUCUGGAUCUGCAUUCCUUAAAGGAAUAUGUAGUGGAAGAUCGUGUCACACUGGAUAAUAAGGAAGAGCUGAGUUGUUCUACAAUGGCUAAAUUAAACUGCUUUAGGAAAGAUUCAAAUAUCCCUGAUUCACAUGGUGACAAAAAGCUGAGAAAUCUGCGUGUCACAGAAAAACAUGGAGACAGAAAAGAGCUGGAUAAAAAUCAUAACAACAUGAGUAUUGGUGGAACUAGGGAUGAUGAUGUUGGUGAUGGUUUAGAACCAAUGGAUUUUAAUGGCAGUGCACAUCAGGAAAACUUAGACGUCACUAAAUUUGCUUGUACAUCACAUCUAUCUGGAAGACCAAUUCAGAACAUCAAAAAUGUAGCAGAAAAGAAUGAAACAGAAAGAUGUAAACCUGUAAACUCAAGGACUAAAUCCACAUAUACACCUUUAGAACUUCAGUUUCUUGAAGUAAAAUCCAAGUACCUUGAUGUUAUUUUACUUGUGGAAUGUGGAUACAGAUACAGAUUCUUUGGAGAAGAUGCUGAGCUUGCUGCUAAGGAACUGAACAUCAUGUGCCACUGGGAUCACAACUUUAAGACAGCAAGCAUUCCUAACCACAGGCUGCAUGUUCAUGUCAAGAGAUUGGUCAGUAAAGGUUAUAAAGUUGGAGUGGUGAAGCAAACAGAGACUGCUGCACUAAAAGCUGCUGGAGAUAACAAGAGUAAUCUAUUCACAAGAGAACUACAGUCGCUGUAUACUAAGACCACACUGGUUGGGGAAGAUAUGAAGACUAUGGAAGAUUUAGAUGAAGCAGACUCUGUGGAGAUGGGAAGUGGAUAUCUUAUGUGUCUUGUCGAAGGUGAUCCUCAGGAUUCCAAAAUAAGCAGUGAUAGAAAGGUGUUUGGCAUAGUGGCAGUUCAACCAUCCACUGGCAAUGUCAUAUAUGAUGACUUUCAAGAUGGACCAAGCUGUAUGGAGCUAGAAACACAUCUUGAACACAUUUGCCCUGAAGAAUUACUCCUUCCAGAAUCUUUGACCAUCCAAACAGAAAACUUCAUCAAAGAUUAUGUUACAAGGGUGCAAAGACCAGAGGACAGUGUAAGGCUUGAAAGAAUAUCUGAUCAACUUUUCGAUCAUUCCUCUUCUCUGAAAUGCAUCACUGAAUUUUAUGGGGAACAAAAGCCGGUGAGGAAUGAGGAACUCUGCAAAGUUAACAUUACCAAAGAAUUGCAGUGUAACGAGCAAGAAAACAAUUCAGCAUUGGAAAUAAUCCUCAAACUUCCCAAAUCAGUGCAGACAAGCUUUGCGGCACUUAUAAAGUACCUUAAAGACUUCAAGCUUGAAAAAAUUCUCAGAUUGGCAAGUAACUUUUCAAGAUUUUCUGUAAAGAACAAAUUUCUAAAAUUGAAUGGACAAACUCUGAGGAACUUGGAAAUAUUCAAGAAUCAGACAAAUGGUGGCGAAAAGUCGUCUUUAUUCUGGGUCAUUAACCACACAACUACAGCAUUUGGGCGAAGGCUUUUAAAGAAAUGGAUUUCUCAACCUCUGCGAGAUGCCAGUGAGAUCGAGAGGAGACUUGACGCCGUCACAGAGUUGUGUGGUCCUAAUAGAUCGUGUAUGGCAUCUUUGAAAGGUCUCUUGUCGCAGCUUCCCGACUUAGAGAGAGGAUUAUGCACCAUCUACCAUAAAAAGUGAACACCAGCAGAGUUUGUGCCAAUAACCAAAGCUCUGGUGAGGGUUACAAAACACGUGCAGUCAAACUACGAGGUAGCUACAAGCAAAUUGGAAUCUUCACUUCUGAGAAACGUUUUCAGUGAGGUCCCAAACUAUUUGGAGGAUGUUGAAGAUUUUCUCCGACUGGUUGAUGAAAAGGCUGCCAAAGACGGUGACAAAACCAAGCUGUUUUGUGACCAAACGCAGUUCCCUAUGUUAAUGAAAUGUAAUUUGGAAAUCGAGAAGAUUCUGACCGAUUUAAGAAAUCAUCGCUCGGAGUUUAGACAGGUGUUACGACAUCCAUCUUUGGAUUACUGCUGUGUUUCAGGAAACGAGUUCUUAAUCGAAGUAAGGAACACGAAUAUGAAGACAGUGCCUUGCGAUUGGAUCAAAAUAAGCGCUACAAAACAGGUGUCCAGAUUUAGAACACCAUUCGUAGAGGACAAGUUCAAACUUCUUUGCCAGUGGCGGGAACAACUGUCAAUCUGCUGUCAAGAGGCAUGGCUAGAAUUUCUAGCGCUGUUCUCAGAAGCGUGUGCCAGAUACCGGCGUGCUGUAUGUCACAUCGCCACACUCGACUGCUUGUUCUCCUUGGCUACCGUGGCCAGCCAGCGAGGUUUUAUCAGGCCUGUCGUAAAAGACUGUGGAGCCCAUAUUUACAUUAAACAAGGACGACAUCCAGUGUUGGAUACGCUUCUUUCAGAGAAUGAACAGUUCGUCCCGAAUGAUACUCACAUGGAUGUCAACAGCAAUCGUUGCAUGAUCAUUACAGGACCAAACAUGGGAGGAAAGAGUUCCUACAUAAAACAGGUUGCCUUGAUUGUUAUUCUUGCCCAGGUCGGCUCAUUUGUACCAGCCGAAGAAGCACGGGUUGGAGUUUUAGAUGCAGUUUUUACAAGGAUGGGGGCUACAGAUAGCAUUUACAAAGGACAGAGUACAUUCAUGGUUGAACUUCAGGAAACGUCUGACAUUAUUGCCCAGGCUACUUCUAAGUCACUUGUCAUUCUUGAUGAGUUGGGCCGCGGUACUAGUACUCAUGACGGCACGGCCAUUGCCUAUGCCACCGUACACCACUUCAUUAGCAAGAUAGCAAGCUUGACUCUGUUUGUAACACACUAUCCGUCUCUAGCGGAGCUGGACAGAUUCUUCCCAAACCAAGUCACCAACAAUCACAUGGCAUUCAUGACAUCAGAAGAGCAGGGCACCACCUGUGCCGAGGGAGGGGAAGGUGAAGACAACAAUGUCGCGUGUCCCGUCGUACCGUCAGUUACGUUCCUUUACCACUUGGUGAAUGGAGCGGCUGCUAGGAGCUACGGGUUAAAUGUGGCUCGCUUGGCGGGAAUUCCGAAUGAAAUAAUUAACACAGCGGCCGCAAAAUCACGUGAAAUGGAGAACUUGAUAAUGUCAAGACGAUCGAUCAAAACCAGUUUUGAGGAAAUUUUCUCAAAAUCGCCAACAACACAUGAAGUGAUCGAGCAGCUGAAGACUUCUUUGGAGAAGAUUUCACCCGAUUUCUGAGGCUAAAUUACGUCAUUACUUGAUAUUCAUACAAAGUAAAUGCAGUUUUUUUCUCCUUUAAAAUUUAUUUUCCUCAUUUUCACGCGUAGCCAAACGAUAAUUAGAUGCUGAUCCAUUAUCAAGACAUGUGGGAUGCACCAGACCAAGUUACCAUAAAUAGCCGCGUAAAACUUGCGAUAAAAAGAUUUGAUCUAAAAACAGCACACUCCAUGGAAAACGAGAUUUUGUACCUUUGAAAGAAUGUCUCCUUCACGCAAUGUAGUGGACGUGUAUAUCAGUAAACUUGAUAACUUUUAUGCUAUUCCUGAUGGAAACUUGCUUGCAAAGUGUGGCCUUCGGAGAGGAACCACACAUAGGUAAACAGUUAACCGGUUUUAGACACUUGAAGACAGUGUUCACCUUCACUUGUAAGCUAUUAAAGAGUGGCUUGGCCAAUUCAGAUUUACUUAAAUUAAAACACAGCUUGGUCUAAAAGCUGCGACAGAAUUCCAAAUUUUAGGGUCUUGGUAGAGGAGGGGACCUUAACAGGUCAUACAAUGUGACGCGCACCAAUACAUCAGAACCAAUCAGAGAGUCCUAUUUACGCAGGGAAUUACUUUCAUUUUCCCGCGAUUCCAAGGCUUUGUUUCUACAUUAUACAGGGCACGCCCAAGAGCCAUCAUUGAAAAAAUAAACAUACCAAGAAAUUCGUA